UGGUUUCGAAGGCGGACCAUUCCGACUCCUUGAAGCAUCUGAUAUUUAUAUGGAAAAUAGAUAUGGGCUUCGGUAUACUUUCGGAGAUAUCCUGAUAACCGGAACCUACCGAUGGGAAUAAACCUGGUCCCCUUCACAAACCCCGCCAUGUCACCGGUAAUAAGAACAUGUUUUGAUAUAUUGAUCAAGUAUGCUUGCCUAGCAUGAAGUCUCAUCCCUUCUAGAAAGACCGAAGUUUUGCAACUACCAAGAGAUGGCUACACCAAAACAAAUCCAGCGUUUGAGACGGAGUGAAGGCACGGAGAAGUUCAUCCAAGCUCUAGAGCAAGAUGGCGGAGUUAUAAUAGAGGAUUUCGCAGAUGUUGCAGUUGUUGAACAGGCCAACGCUGAAGUUAAACCAUGGAUUGAAGAACAGAAGAGUUCGAAUGGGGCCAAGGUUGGCGCGCUCGGAGGAAAGACGAGGACGGUUACGCGCCUAGUCAUGCGGUCUCCCACAGUAAGAGACAAGUUCUUUGCAGACCCCCUAUACCAGGCGUUAUGUGAACACUUUCUAGCACUGGAGACGACGACAUGGUACGGUGAGAAGGCUCAAGUGAACACCUCACAUCCCUUGCUAAGCAUUUCUAUUGCGUUUGAUAUUCCACCUGGCACACCGGCACAGGGGUUACAUCGCGAUGAUAAAAACCACCACGCACGCCAUACUCAAGCUUCCCAAUAUAGUCGAAAUCGUGAUAUGCUAUUAGGACUCUUCGUGCCAGGAUGCGACACUAUGCGAGCCAACGGAGCUACGCGCGUCAUCCCAGGUUCGCAUCUCUGGGGAGAUGACAAACCAGAUUUUGGGCCUGACGGGACAAAAGACGUCGUCGACGCAGAACUGAAGAAAGGGGAGGCCUUUAUAAUGCUGGGAAGCUUGUAUCAUGGCGGCGGGGCAUACGCCGAGCCGAUAACAAGCAAUCCAGAAGCCGAGAGUCGUACAGUGUAUGCUAUGUUCUCGUGUACUGGUGUUCAUCGACAAGAGGAGAUCAGCUUCCUGUCUUACCCCGUGGAGGAGGUCAAGAAGUACUCGAGAAUCGUACAGGAGAGACUAGGCUGGAAACAGAGUGAGCCAAACUUGGGCUGGGUGGACUUGAAAAGCCCGGAGUUUCUGCUCCAGGAGUGAACGAGUGAAGCGGCUCCUAUUUCCACGGAUUAGUCAUGGUCAAAUAGGAAAAGGGGUAUGUUACACAAACCUAGAAUCCAUAGCGAGAAAGGAGCUGACGUGACUCUCCACGCAGGCCAUGGUUGUUGCGAUAGUGAUUGACAAUGUGCUGUUGCGAGUCAAACUGUCAGGGGCAUAAGUGGAGCAGGCCUAGAAGGAGGUCCUGCGGACCUCCUGCGGACCUCCUGCUAGGCAAGCGCGAGUUAGCAAGGUAUAAGAAGGGGGCUUCGCCCCCUUCAACCUUAGAGGAAGUAGCGUUAUUAGUUCAUCUCAUACUUGCUAUAUACUAGCAGCGGCUACGCCGCUCCUUUGCACUCACUUUACGCUUGACUUAGGGACCUAUUACUGACAG